ACAAAAGAAGGUUACUUGGAGGACGGCGAGUUGAGUUUGAAACGUGGGAAGCUCCGAACUCCGAAGAAGGCCAACGUUGUACAAUCAAAGUCAUCAUUCCUUUUCCCUAUUCUGCUUCGACACAAGCAGCAAUGGCCAACACUAACUUGGAAGAUGUUCCCUCUCUCGAUCUCAUGUCUGAGCUCCUUCGUCGUUUCAAGUGUUCCUCUAAACCUGACAAGCGUCUUAUUCUCAUUGGCCCACCUGGAUCAGGAAAAGGCACCCAGUCCCCAAUCAUUAAGGAUGAGUACUGCUUAUGCCACUUAGCUACUGGUGAUAUGCUAAGAGCAGCAGUAGCAGCCAAAACCCCUCUUGGCAUUAAGGCUAAAGAAUCUAUGGAUAAGGGAGAACUUGUUUCUGAUGACUUAGUUGUGGGCAUUAUAGAUGAAGCAAUGAAGAAACCAUCAUGUCAGAAAGGUUUCAUUCUUGAUGGUUUUCCAAGAACUGUGGCCCAAGCACAGAAGCUUGAUGAGAUGCUGGAAAAACAGGGUGUGAAGGUUGAUAAAGUGCUCAAUUUUGCAAUUGAUGAUGCAAUCCUUGAGGAGAGAAUUACUGGUCGCUGGAUACACCCAUCCAGUGGCAGAACCUACCAUACAAAAUUUGCCCCUCCGAAGGUUUCUGGGGUUGAUGAUGUUACUGGUGAGCCACUUAUCCAGCGCAAGGAUGACACUGCAGCUGUCCUUAAAUCAAGACUAGAGGCAUUUCACAAGCAAACUGAACCGGUUAUUGAUUACUAUUCAAAGAAGGGCAUGGUUGCUAAUCUUCAUGCUGAGAAACCUCCCAAAGAGGUGACAGCUGAAGUUGAGAAAGUGCUGUCUUAAUAGAGGAUCCUCGGGCUCGAACUGGGAUUGUUUUCUGUUUCACUUUUUCCCUAUAGGAAAACUUAAUUUCCCAAUUUGUAUUUUAAUGUACUCUGAAAUCCGCAUCACUUGCAGAUUUACUGCAGAUUCCGGCCGUUCUCAAACUCAGAUUUGAAGAGUCGCUUUAACGAAAUAAAAAGUCAAUUGAAUU